GGUUUGCGCGGUGAGAACACUGAGAGUUGUUGCCCGCACUCAAGAUGGCAGCUCUCGGCGGGCGUGGCGAAUGACCCGGAGGCGCGGAGGAGGUGCGGGCCAUGGCAGCGGCCGUAGAGCGGAGUCCCGAGGACACAGAAGAGGAGGAAGAAGAGGAGCAGCUGGUUCUGGUGGAAUUGUCGGGAAUUAUCGAUUCGGACUUUCUCUCAAAAUGUGGAAAUAAAUGCAAGAUUUUGGGGAUUGACACUGAGAGGCCCAUUCUGCAAGUGGACAGCUAUGUCUUUGCUGGGGAGUAUGAAGAUACUCUUGGGACUUGUGUUGUAUUUGAAGAAAAUGUUGAACAUGUGGAUUCAGAAGGCAGUAACAAAACAGUACUAAAAUAUAAAUGCCAUACAAUGAAGAAGCUCAGCAUGACAAGAACUCUUCUGACGGAAAAGAAGGAAGGAGAAGAAAACAUAGGUGGGGUGGAAUGGCUGCAAAUCAAGGAUAAUGAUUUCUCCUAUAGACCCAACAUGAUUUGUAGUUUUCAACAUGAAGAUGAAGAAGUGGUAGCUUCAGCCCCAGGUAAACCGUUGGAGUUGGAAGAACAAGAGAUUCAAAUGAAAGACAUUUCAAACCUGAGUUAUGAACAGGAGAAGCCAGUGCACUUGGAAAUAGAGGAUUCUGGUCCUCUUAUUGAAAUCCCCUCUGAGACAGAAGGUUCUGUGUUUAUGGAAACUCAAGAUGUUGCCUUAGAAAUCACUCCUAGAUGAAAUGUUUCUCAUAAGUUGUCAUGAACUCUGGAGAGUUUUUAUAUAAAAUAAUCAGCUGUGUA